CAGCGAGUGUUGCGCCGCGACGUCUGGCGUCCAGGCCCAGUUCCAAGUUCUUCGGUUGCCAGUGCAGUGAGUUGACUCUCUCAGUGCCGGAAAAACGUGUGGAUUAACCGUGGAUUUUCCGAUCGGACAGUACCGACGCUUUCCGCAGGACGCUGCAGUCCUUCACCGUCGAUCGGCGUCGUCCGAUGGCUUGCGGAUGCGAGCGUGCCAGGCGAUGCUGAGCACUGCCCCCGGGGGCGAGUGCCCCCAGUGCCCGCCGACGGGGGCGAGCCCGUCGCUCGGCCGGCGGCGGCCCGUGUUGCACUUUCCGCCGCCACCGCCGUAUCCACCGCGAGGCCGUUUUCCACAGGGUGUGCCCGCCGCCCCCGCCAGGUCGCAUCCGCCUCCGCCGCCCCCCGCCGGCCACCACCCUCAGGACUACUCGUACGCCUACAACGACUUCCUGGCCGAGCAACGACCCUUCGUUCAUUCCAGGCCGUCGAGCAGGCACCAUUACAUCUCGAGCUACGGGGUGGAAGAGAACAUUUACGAGGAGAUCGGCGACGACCGCUACGAGAACCCGUACAACAACGGCGGCGGCGGCUCUGAGCACGGCAGCGGCGGCCGGCGGCCACCGGCGAUGGCCGUCAGCGAGGAAGUGCGUCAGGUGCAGCGCGGCCACCAGCGGGUGCUCGGGCAGCUCGACCUGGCCAUGGAGGCGCUGAUCAUGCCCGGCGACGUGCUCAACGGGCCCGACACGGACCCACUCGGCCCCGACGACGAGGUCGGGCCCACGGACGAGCUGCUCACCCCCGACUCGGGAUUCCACAGCGGCUCCGGAUACGCCCUUGGCUGGCGGGCCAACGUCUCCCUACCGCCCCCGUCGCGCAAAGACAGCCCUCCGCAGUCGCCAGGACAGAUGCCGCAGCCCCAGUCGCACCGCCGCACCCGCAGCCUCAGGCAGGAGCUCGGACUGCUCGCCAAAAAGAGUUGGAAGAUGACUGGACUCGCUAGGAUCUCCGCAGGCAAUGAGCCUCGCGCUCGGUCGGGCUCUUGGGACGACGCGGCCCACUUGUGCGGCCCCGACAGGGUGGACUCGGGCGGCCCCGUCGCCGCCACCAACCCCGUGCUGCGCCAGGGCAGCUCCGAGGAGAGCUGGGACUCGGCCGCCUCUGACGUCUCCUCCGGCGACGAGAGCGAACGCAGCACCAAGGCGCCCAGCAGUCGCGGCUCCGUCAGCAGCAACCGCAGCAAUGGCAACAUCAAAUCGACGUUUACCAAGGCGCUGACGCUGUGCGAGAAGAAGUGGCGCGAGGGAGGCGGCGGAGGCCGCAACGCGUCCUCCGCGUCGCUGGCGUCGUCAACGUGCACGCUGCCCGCCUCGGAGACCGUCAGCACGGCCGACUCGACAAGCAGCCGGCUGUCGCGCUGGUUCUCCAUCCGCCGCGGCAACCACUAUGACCUGGACAGGCUGCAGGCGGCCGCCGCGGCCAAGAUGCCGCAGCUGCCCGAGGAGGAGGAGGCGGCUGGCUUCUCCUUCCAGCGACGCAUGCAGCCGCCCACCCUGCCGCCCCCGCCGCCUGGCCUCUCCGGCGAGCAAACCAAGCGCAGGCACAUCGUCGCCGCCAUUGUCCACAGCGAAAAUUCGUACAUGGCCACCCUCCAGAGGCUUGUCAAUGACUUUAAAAAGCCUUUGGAGGAAAGCAGCCCGACCAUCCUAAGUGCCAGCAAAAUCAACGUUCUCUUCUUUAAAAUCCCUGAGAUUCUGCAGUGCCACAACUUGUUCCGCGUCGCGCUUGCCGACGCGGUCAAGAACUGGGACCGCGAUGAAAAGCUGGGCGACGUGUUCGUCGCCUCCUUCUCCAAGACUGUCGUGCUCGACGCCUACAGCGACUUCAUCAACAACUUCUCCAUCGCCAUGGACUUGGCUAAGCAGGAAUCGAAGCGAAAAUCCACACUGAAUGAUUUUCUCAGGGUCCAGCAAAUUAAAUCGCACGAUCGGUUAUCCUUCUUCGGCCUGAUGGUCAAACCUGUUCAACGCUUUCCACAGUUUAUUCUCUUCCUUCAGGACCUCCUGAAGCACACACCGCACGGACACCACGACAGAAUGUCUCUGCAGCUAGCGCUGACGCAACUCGAGUCACUGGCCGAGAUGCUGAAUGAGCGUAAGCGCGAGGCAGAGCAGUUCCAGGCCUUCCGUGAGAUGUUACGACACGUGAGCUCCAAGUUUUCGGUGCGUCCGCUGUCGGAUAGCAACCGAUACCUGCUGCGCGAGGACAACGUGACGCAGCUCGAGUUCAACCAGUCCGGCCUGAUCACCAAGUCCAAGAGCAGACGGCUGCUGCUGCUCAAUGACCUGCUCGUGUGUGUGUCCGUGGCGCCAAAGGCCGCCGACGAUUUCAGCAGCACCGAAAGACUGAGCCUCAAGUGGACCUAUCCGGUCACAGACGUCGAAGUCCAGGACACCAGCACCUCCCCCACCCUCAGCAGAAUGCUCACCGCCAGUCUCAACCGAGGAGGAAGUCUUAGGUCUGAUCGGAGUAGCAACAGCGGCGGGGGAACGGGUGGCGUCGAGAACUUGUGUCAAGAAAUGAACGACUUGAUGCACGACUACGAGGCCGUGAGCAGAAUCGCUGAGGUGGCCAGCAGCCUCAGGGGCAACUACAAAGGACUGACCGUGGAGCACUGCAGGCAAAUCAUGGACAGUAUCCAGGCGUCGAUUCAGAAGAAGGAUGACGAGAUCGCCUGGGUCGACUCGUGCUGCCUGCAGUUCACCAUCAAGACCAAACCAGGCAAGGAGGAGCAGUUCACAUUCCAGACUGAAACGCCCAACAUCAAGAAAGAGUGGAGCACAGAAUUGAGGUUGGCGCAAUUAGCUCUAGAUCCAAGUAACUCGCCAGCUUGGGACAUUCCCGAGCAGGAGCGGCGGCCGUCUACCAAAAUGCCUCUGUUCGUCAAGGCUAUCCCAGUCACGAAAUCGCAGUAUCAAACUGAGGUAAGCUGCGGAUGUUUUUACACGGUGAUAACGAUGAAGCCGACGAGACGACCGAGGCCGCAGAGUUACCUGUGGGUGUGCACCACAGACGGAGCUUCCAGCUACAUCACAGUCUACCUGCAGCAGCAGGCAGGGCUGCGGGAGCUCAGUUGUUUGCAUCUAGUCGAGACCAAAGUGACCGCCAUGGAGUUUGUGCCGGGCGUCGCUCAGGGCACAGGACUCUCGGUCGACAGCGUAUGGCUUGGAACCGAGAGCGGAAGAAUCCUCAUUUACGCAGCUCAGGAGCCAGAGAAACAGAUUGAAGUUGGUGAAUGCUUCGCGUCAGCCGCCAUCCAGCAGGCGCGCUACCACUGCGACCAGACGUUCAUCGCGUUGGCCAGCGGCUCGGUGUUGAUGUUCCGGCGUGGCACCAAUGGCGAGUGGAACCUGCAAGAGCCGCAGAGCCUUCUGCUGGGCUCGGAACCCGUGUCGGCCCUGCUGCCGAUUAACAUCUGCAUGUACGCCGCCUGCGGGAAGAAGGUCUGGGUCAUCAACUCGCUCAAUGGAGAUAUGCAGAAGAGUUUCAGCGUGCAGCACGAGCAGGUGGGCAACGUGAACCUGAUGGCGCACUCUGGAAUCGGGCUGUGGAUCUCGCACAAGAACUCAUCGACCAUCUGCCUGUACCACACGGAGACGUUCAAGCACCUGCAGGACAUCAACGUUGCGUCGAACAUAACGCGGGGACUGACAGAGAACCAGAUGAAACCGAAGAACGUGCACGUGACGGCGCUGCUGGCGUCGAAAGGGCUGCUCUGGGUGGGCACCAAUGUGGGCGUGUGCCUGACGAUUCCGCUGCCGCGGCUGGAAGGAGUGCCCAUCAUCAGCGGCAGGGCCAACCUCUCGCACCACGCCCACUUUGGCCCCGUCACCUUCCUGCUGGCGCUGCAGCCGCGGGCGCCGCCGGACGUAGCGGCGCCGGGCCGGCCGUCGGUGAGCAGCAGCUCGAGCAGCGCCAGCUCCGACUCGGAACGCGGCCGCCUGGAGAAGCAGCUCUCUGAAGGGGCCCUGCCGGCGGCCCAGCUGCCGGCCCAGCACGGGCCCAAACUGCGUCACCAGCUUAGCAGCCCCGUGGUGGUGCGGCGGCGGGCCCCUCGCGAGGACCCCGGCCGCCGCGCCUCCAAGACGCUGCCCCGCGGCGCCUUCUCCGGCCUCAACACCAGCCAGGACUGCGACGUCUACGGCCUCUACGGAGAGCUCAUGAACGUUCGCGACUAUGAGGAGGAGUCGCCCGCCAAGGCCGCAGCAGCCGCGGACUUCGAAGCGGCCAUGCGCAAGAGCGGAAGCGACCCUGAGCUCGCUGCCAUCCCUCGCAAGGUGAACACCCUGGACCGUCGUUUGCGGAUCAACAGCAGCCGGCCGCGCUCUCUCGACCUGUCCAACUGGUCGGUGGACUCGCGCUCAUCGUCACUGUACACGUCGUCGGGCUCGGAGGACAGCGUGCAGGUGCUGGCCACCUCGAGCACCAAGCUGGCCGCCGCGUCGGCCGCGGUUCCAGUGGCCGGAGGGCCGGCGGACGGCGGUGUCGGCGGGCCGAAGGUGGUCGUCGACGUGCCUCGCACCGUGAUGACGCUGGUCGGCGGGUGCGGCUACAUCAAUUGCCGACGGCCGGCCGACAAGGCGGCCGUCAAGGCGGCCGGCGGCGGUGUCGGUGUCGAGCUCAACAGCAGGGACGCGCACAUGGUGCUGUGGGAGAUGAAGUUGUGAUACAGUGACGACGGACUGGACAAACAGUGGCUGCCGCCGCGGUGCUCUGCUCCACCCCCGGACGAUGUUCCUGUGCUGUUUUUUACUCUUGAUAUUAUAGUAUAUCGUCAUCUCGCCACUGCUACCUAUACAUACAUACAUGGAUAUAUAUUUAUUUUUAAACGCUGUUGACUCGAUAAGAGUCGAGAGGAGAGAAUGAGAUAGAGAAAGGACGCUCUAUUUAUAAGCAAAACGCUCGGGAAUGGAUUUCGAAUUGAGAUGAAUACGUGCAUGAGUUGAUUUUGUGUCUUCGGUGCAUUUAUCAGACUUUUGUAAUCUUUUGUGUAACGCAUUCGAUGUUGCCUACAAUAAAAACGCCGUUUCAAAUUUACAA